UGCUCAAAUAAAUUGGUUAGUCUCUAAGGUGCCACAAGUCCUCCUUUUCUUUUUGCGAAUACAGACUAACAUGGCUGUUACUCUGAAAAGAGAUGUUAAGAGUAACAAGAAGGGUUUCUUCAGGUAUGUUAGCAACAAGAAGACAGUCAAGGAAAGUGUGGGCCCCUUAAUGAAUGAGGGGAGGCAACCUAGGGACAGAGGAUGUGGAAAAAGCUAAUGUACUCAAUGCUUUUUUUGCCUCUAUCUUCACGAACAAGGUCAGCUCCCAGACUGCUGCACUGGGCAGCACAGCAUGGGUAGGAGGUGACCAGCCCACUGUGGAGAAAGAAGUGGUUCAGGACUAUUUAGAAAAGCUGGACGAGCACAAGUCCAUGGGGCCGGAUGUGCUGCAUCCAAGAAUGCUAAAGGAGUUGGCGGAUGUGAUUGCAGAGCCAUUGGCCAUUAUCUUUGAAAACUCAUGGCGAUCCGGGGAAGUCCCGGACGACUGGAAAAAGGCUAAUGUAGUGCCCAUCUUUAAAAAAGGGAAGGAGGAUCCUGGGAACUACAGGCCAAUCACCCUCACCUAAGUCCCUGGAAAAAUCAUGGAGCAGGUCCUCAAGGAAUCAAUUUUGAAGCACUUAGAGGAGAGGAAAGUGAUCAGGAACAGUCAGCAUGGAUUCACCAAGGGCAAGUCAUGCCUGACUAAUCUAAUUGCCUUCUAUGACGAGAUAACUGGCUCUGUGGAUGAAGGGAAAGCGGUGGACGUGUUGUUCCUUGACUUUAGCAAAGCUUUUGACACUGUCUCCCACAGUAUUCUUGUCAGUAAGUUAAAGAAGUAUGGGCUGGAUGAAUGGACUAUAAGGUGGGUAGAAAGUUGGCUAGAUUGUCGGGCUCAACGGGUAGUGAUCAAUGGCUCCAUGUCUAGUUGGCAGCCGGUAUCAAGUGGAGUGCCCCAAGGGUUGGUCCUCCGGCUGAUUUUGUUCAAUAUCUUCAUAAAUGAUCUGGAGGAUGGUGUAGAUUGCACCCUCAGCAAGUUUGCAGAUGACACUAAACUGGGAGGAGAGGUAGAUACACUGGAGGUUAGAGAUAGGAUACACAGGGACCUAGACAAAUUAGAGGAUUGGGCCAAAGGAAAUCUGAUGCGGUUCAACAAGGACAAGUGCAGAGUCCUGCACUUAGGACGGAAGAAUCCCAUGCACCGCUACAGACUAGGGACCGAAUGGCUCGGCAGCAGUUCUGCAGAAAAGGACCUAGGGGUGACAGUGGACGAGAAGCUGGAUAUGAGUCAACAGUGUGCCCUUGUUGCCAAAUAGGCCAAUGGCAUUUUGGGAUGUAUAAGUAGGGGCAUUGCCAGCAGAUCGAGGGACGUGAUCGUUUCCCUCUAUUUGACAUUGGUGAGGCCUCAUCUGGAGUACUGUGUCCAGUUUUGGGCCCCACGCUACAAGAAGGAUGUGGAAAAACUGGAAAAUGUCCAGCGGAGGGCAACAAAAAUGAUUAGGGGACUGGAACACAUGAGUUAUGUGGAGAGGCUGAGGGAACUAGGAUUGUUUAGUCUGCAGAAGAGAAGAAUGAGGGAGGUUUGAUAGCUGCUUUCAACUACCUGAAGGGGGGUUCCAAAGAGGAUGGAUCUAGACUGUUCUCAGUGGUAGCUGAUGACAGAACAAGGAGUAAUGGUCUCAAGUUGCAGUGGGGGAGGUUUAGGUUGGAUAUUAGGAAAAACUUUUUCACUCGGAGGGUGAUGAAACACUGGAAUGCGUUACCUAGGGAGGUGGUGGAAUCUCCUUCCUUAGAUAUUUUUAAGGUCAGGCUUGACAAAGCCCUGGCUGGGAUGAUUUAAUUGGGGAUUGGUCCUGCUUUGAGCAGGGGGUUGGACUAGAUGACCUCCUGAGGUCCCUUCCAAACCCUGAUAUUCUAUGAUUCUAUGAUUUGACAAUGUGAGAGAUUCUGGGCAAUGUGAAUGUUCCUAGUAUUCUGCGCUUUUAGCUAGCUGUGCCCCUAUUUUGAGGGGGGGUGGGGGAAGAGGCUAUGGGGCGUUUGCUCAUAGUUAAGGGUGGUCUCACUGAUAUACUUGGUCCAUGUGCUGCUUUUUAUGCCAGCUUGGUUCUGCUCCUGGUAUGGCACAUUGAAUCUUGGCAGGAAACUCUAGUGAACUCAGCUACACUAACUGGCCUGAGUGGCUGUGUACAUAUGGACCCAUGGUGCCCGUGCUCCACCAAUAUUCAGAGCACGAGGGCCUGGCUCCACCAAUGUUCAGGCCGGGCCUCUCCCCUGGCCCCGCCCCUGUGUGCUUCCCGCAGAGCGUCCCUCACCGGCUGCUGGCUGGCUCCUUCCACACUGCGCCCACCAGCGCCACUCCACCGCUCCGGCUACAAGGGAGUGGGGUGGGCUGAGGCGGCUGCUGAUGCAGUCAGUGGAGGAAGGAGGCACAUGAGACGUGAUGGCAGCCCUCCCCCGGGCCCUGACCCUUCACCAGUCAGGCCACUCGCUGACAGGGAGCAUCCUCUUCCUCCACCAGGGCCGGUGGAGAGAGGCCCUAGGAGCACAUGCGGUGAGGUGCGGGGUGAGCGUGUUGUCAGCAGCAGCCCACCGACAGCUAUUCUGGGCCCCAGGACAGAUCAAUCAAGGGACCCCCUGCCCGCCUCCCUCCGUCAGGGCCACAAGCCCCCCUGCCCAGAGAAGCCCCGAGUGCUGCCCUCCUCUCCCCCCCGCCAGAGGAGCCCUGGGCCUGCCACAGUCCCAUCCCCCACCUGCCUGGAGGAGCCCCAGGGCAGCGACAGCUGGACUAGGUGACCAGAUAGAAAGUGUGAAAAAUCAGGACGGGGUGGGGAGUAAUAGGUGCUUACAUAAGGAAAAGCCGCCAAAAUUGGGACUGUUCCUAUAAAAUCGGGGCAUUUGGUCACCGUAAGCUGUGUCAACCUGCUCUGGGGAAAAGCUGCAGCAUCUCUUGAUUCAAAGACCCUUUUGAUUCACCAAGGGCAAGUCAUGCCCAACCAACCUGAUUGCCUUCCAUGAUGAGAUAACUGGCUCUGUGGAUAUGGGAAAGGGGUGGCCACGAUAUACCUUGAUUUUGGAAAAGGUUUUGAUACGGUCUCCCACAGUAUUCUUGCCAGCAAGUUAAAAAAGUAUGGAUUGAAUGAAUGGACUAUAAGGUGGAUAGAAAACUGGCUAGAUCGUCGGGCUCAACGGGUAGUGAUCAAUGGCUCCAUGUCUAGUUGGCAGCCGGUAUCAAGUGGAGUGCCCCAAGGGUUGGUCCUCGGGCCGGUUUUGUUCAACAUCUUCAUCAAUGAUCUGGAUGAUGGGAUUAAUUGCACCCUCAGCAAGUUGGCAGAUGACACUAAACUGGGGGGAGAGGUAGAUAUGCUGGAGGGUAGGGAUAGGGUCCAAAGUGACCUAGACAAAUUAGAGGAAUGGACCAAAAGAAAUCUGAUGAGGUUCAACAUGGACAAGUGCAGAGUCUUGCACUUAGGAUGGAAGAAUCCCAUGCACCGCUACAGGCUGGGGACUGACUGGCUAAGAGGCAGUUCAGCAAAAACGGACCUGGGGAUUACAGUGGACGAGAAGCUGGAUAUGAGUCAGCAGAGUGCCCUUGUUGCCAAGAAGUCCAACGGCAUAUUGGGCUGUAUUAGUAGGAGCAUUGCCAGCAGAUGGAGGGAAGUGAUUAUUCCCCUCUACUCUACACUGGUGAGGCCACACCUGGAGUAUUGCGUCCCCUCACUACAAAAGGGAUGUGGACAAACUGGAGAGAGUCCAGCGGAGGGCAACAAAAAUGAUUAGGGGGCUGGGGCACAUGACGUAUGAGGAGAGGCUGAGGGAACUGGGCUUAUUUAGUCUACAGAAGAGAAGAGUGAGGGGGGAUUUGAUAGCAGCCUUCAACUACUUGAAGGGGGGUGCCAAGGAGGAUGGAGGUCGGCUGUUCUCAGCCGUGGCAGAUGACAGAACAAGAAGCAAUGGUCUCAAGUUGCAGUGGGGGAGGUCUAGGCUGGAUAUUGGGAAACACUAUUUUGCUAGGAGGGUGGUGAAGCACUGGAAUGUGUUACCUAGGGAGGUGGUGGAAUCUCCAUCCUUAGCGGUUUUUAAGGCCUGGCUUGACAAAGUCUUGGGUGGGACGAUUUAGUUGGGGAUUGGCCCUGCUUUAAGCAGGGGGUUGGACUAGAUACCUCCUGAGGUUUCCUCCAACCCUGAUCUUCAAUGAUUCUAUUUUCCAUGCAGGUUUCGGGGUGGCUGAGGCAGUGGUAUUUCCAACUCCGCUGCUCCAGAACCUGCACGGGGCAUAUCAAAGCAUCUUUGAAUUAAGAGACGCUUUUCCCCAGAACAGGAAGAGCUACCUUGGCAGCGGCCAGGGCCCCUGGACUCUUUUAAAUCGCCCAGGCCCCUGGGCAAUUGCCCCCUUUACCUCCCACACCCAAUUGGCGGGCCUGGCUGGCGGGAAGAAGGGGAACCCUCCCCCAGAGUUCACUGCUGCCGGCGGGGAGAAGGCUGGGGGAGUCCUCCUCUGGCCCCAGCCCUGAGGCAGCCUGCCUGCACCCCAAACUCCUCACCCCCCUCACAUUGUACAAUAUAGGGAAUCUGUUUCCAGUCCAUUUUUACAUUAUUUUUAAAUAUAUAUAUCCGCUUACAAGGCAAUGGAGGGGGGGCAGGACUUGGACCCGUUCUGGGCACCACCAAAAAUUAUACAAACUUGGCGCCCAUGGCUGUGUCAAGGAGGCGGGGCACGCACCUCGAGUGCCUCUGAGCGGCAGGGUGCAGUUCCACACGCCGUUCUCACCCGGGUGCCCCACGAAGGCUCUGGCCCACCUCGGCUGGUAUUCAGCAGCUUAGGCCCCUGGCCGAGUGAACCCUUCUCGGGGACUAAAGAGCCCGAUAGAGAAACAGUCUAUUUGCCAUCACUCGCAUCACCCAGACCCAGGCCCUUUAAAUUCAGCUCUUUGUUCGGGCUCCCAAAUAAGCCCUGUCCCGUUCUUGGGGUUGGCAGCACCCUGCCUGCGGCUGGUAGGGGAACCUGGGCCCGCUCGCGCCUCCGGGCUCCAGCCCGGGGACCCUGGGCACAGCCGCCGCGCUCGGCGAUCUCCGUCCCUUGGCGACGAUAUCCCCGGGCCUCUUCCUGCCAGCCCUCUGCUCUCCAGACCAGCCUCCGCACCAGCCCCCCCGGCUCCUGCUCCCUCUGCCCGCCAGCCACGAGGGCGCCCGCCUCCCGCCUCCGAGAGCGCUGGCCCCUUCCGCCAGCCGGCACCGGCCUGCCCCCGCCAGCGGGGCCCGGAUGGGCUGUUGCUAGCCCCUCUAGCCCUUGGAAGACCAGAUCCCCGUGGUUUCCAAAAUGGCUGCUCAGGAGAGUCCUCUCUAGGCACGCUUGGAGGACCCACCUUCACUGCUCUUUUCUCUCCACGUGCCGCUUUUUGGGGUUGAAUGUAACAGGCCCGCAGGGAUGCCAUGACCCACAGGCCUCGAACCCGGGUCCACAGGAGCAGCCGUGCUGCAGCCCUCCACCUGCUGACCCAGGAUCCAUGAAGCCCAGCCCCAGUUUGAGGCUCCACCCCCGACACCCCAUUGCCGUUUUAGGAAGCUGUCUGAACAAGGCUCUCGGCAUCCCAUGGAUGCUGGGCAGGCUCCGUUUCCCUGUCCUCACAAAGAGAUCUCUAGGGACCCUCAGGGCAACCACAUCCCAUCUCCUCAUGGCACUGCCCCAGCAGAAACUCAGGCAAGGGGCGGUACAAAAACUCCUUCGGGGUGACGUGCAUGCUGAGGGACAGGGAGAGGCUGUACGUGUCCUCGGCCCUUGCACAGGCUGUGCUGAGAGUAGAAAGGCUCCUUGUGCCCUCCUGUCCUGCACGUGUGGGCCAGGGGCAGGGACAGUCUGGCCAUAAGUGUCUGGAGUUUUCUAAACUCUUUGACUCAGCGGGUGGGGUCUCAGCCCUACCAGUCAGCACAGGUGGGGAGAGGUGCAAAGCUGGCUCCAAGCCACUUUGGGAGCUUCCCAGUCAUGAGGCCAUUUUGUGCUGCAUAAGUAGAGCGGCCUCGGGGCUGCUCUGUAUUAUAGUACUUGCCAGUGGCCUGCAGUAUGCUGGGCCUGGGGAGAGAGUGUAGGAUUUGCUACAGCAGCUUUAUGCUAGCUGGGGAUUUACCCACGCCAGGGGAACCCUCAGCCCCAGCUGUCUGUUUAGGUCAGGUCUGUGUCAUGUGAUGUAACUAUGAAAUCUUUGCAGACAAAUGCACAAGGAUUCUGUGUAUUUGUACAAACAAUAGGAAGUGGAGAUCAGUGAGGGGGUCUGUUGUGCUUUGCUAGCUAAUCCAGUCUUCUCUUUAUGCACGUUUGCAUCAUAGUCACCACCCUCACUGCCUUGCUGCUCCAGGCAUUUAAUUGGUUUUCUCUUCUUAAUACAAACCACAAACCAAGCCAAGAUGAAGCCACUAGCUAAUCAUGUAUUCUCUGGCUUGCUAUUUUAGCCCGCAGCCAUCAGAUGGCAGUAGUAGAACUCUCCAACGAUCACUAACCCUGUCUUACUAGGGCCUGGUCUACACCUAAAACGUAGGUCAACCUAGCUAUGUCCUUCACCCCCUUGAGAAAUGUAGUCAAGCCAACCUAAGCCCCAGUGUAGACACAAUUAAGUCAAUGGAGGAAUUCUUACAUCGACUGCUCUUGCCUCUUGAGGGGUGGAUUCACUACAGCGAUGCAAACCCCCCACCCGCCGUCGCUGUAGUAGGGGUCCACACGACCAGCAGCGUAUCCCUGGAACGCUUUGGAAGAGGGCUGUAGAAUAUCUCUGUGACACUUCCCAGGGUCCCCAGGCACCACGCCACCCCCUGCCCUUAGCGGGAAGCAGUCUUGUCUGUGCCUACUGUGGUUCAGCUCCCUGAAACCACCAGCCUCUGUCCCCACAAACCUGGCUUCCAGUGCUCUGCAGGCCGCACUCUCUGCAUGCAAGCUAACACUAGGUACACACCAAGCCGGGUCCUCAGAGCACUCCCUUCAGGGCCCAGCCUGUCAGCAGACACUCACAGUAAUUACCAGGUAAGCUGUGCCCAAGUACACACAGCUUGACUGGAACAACUCAGGGUCAGACUCUUUAUAACAGCACAGCACUGGAAUCUGCUUAUCGUGAAAACAACUAUGAGUUUAUUAACAAAGAUUAAGGUUUAAGAGCUACUGAGAAAGGAUAAUGAGUGGAAAGAGAAGUGGUUCCACAUAUAACACAAAACAGAAAAUGCAGACCUACAUCUAUUACUAAUGGCAUCAUUCCUAUUUUAUAAAGUAGAUUUUCUCCCAAGGAUUCAGGUUUUGACAGAGCAGCUGGUUCUCAGUCAAAAUUAGGAUCCAAGUUUUCAUUAAUAUCCCCAUGCCCUACAAGAGGCUUUUUGCUUCUCCUCUCCACUAGAUUUACAGCUUAUUACAACAAUCUCUAACCCAUUAACCCCCCUUUUUGUCCUAUGGCUGCACAGGCAUUAACGGGGCCACUCUACCUUGACUGGUCCCUUCGACUAUACGCUAAGUUCUCACGCUAAACAAUGUGUUCCACUUGGCCUUUAGCUGUGACACUUGGAGUAACUUUCCCUGACCUGAAGAGGAGCUCUGUGUGACUCAAAAGCUUCUCUCUCUCCCCAACAAAAGUUGGUCCAAUAAAAGAUAUUCCCACAUCCACCCUGUCUCUCUAAUAUCCUGGGACCGACACGGCUACAACACCACUGCAUACAAGGUUUUCUUUACUUUAUCAAAACCUUCCUGACAAGCCUUUGCCCAAACAAUUUUGUUUGGGUCUGGCUUUUUGCACAAGUCUGUGAUUGCAGACACAAUAUUACUAAACCUACAUGCCAAUCUCUGGUAAUAGUUAACCAAACCUAUGAAAGACUGGACUUGAUUUUUGUUCUGGAGUAUGGGCCAGUUAACAAAGCUUCUACUUUCAAGGAGAAAUUUGGCCACCCCCACACCCAGUAUCCUACGUAAGGAACUUUGGCAGCUUCCAUUUUGCACUUUGACACCUUUAUAGUGAGACAGACGUCUUUGAGUUUUGUUAAGCAUGGAAUUACUAUCCAGAGAUUUGACAGUAUAGUUUGCUUCAUUUAAGAUUUUUACUUCACUUGAUUCUAUGCUUUCUUUCACAUAUAGUGCCACUCCCCCACGACCUGUUCUGUCCUUCCAAUAUAUUUUGUAUCCUGGUAUCACUGUGUCUCAUUGAUUAUCCUCAUUCCACCAAGUUUCUGUGGUACCUAUUAUAUCACUAUCCUCAUUUAAUACAAAGCACUCUCGUUCACUCAAUCUUAUUAUUUAGACUUCUAGCAUUUGUAUAAAAGCACUUUAAAAAUUUGUCACUUUUUAGCUGUCUGCCAUAACAUGAUGUAAGUGAAUGGGACUCUUUUUCAUUUGACUGUUUCUCAUCAGAGCCUACCCGUAUUUUAUCAUCUUCCAUCCUCUCCUCCUUACAAGGACAUAGAGAAUCUCCAUUAAUAGAACCUCCCCUAAGGGAUGUCUCUGUCCGAACCUCAUGCUCCUCCGCCCUUAUCGGCUUUCCUCCAGCCCUUAGUUUAAAAACUGCUCUAUGACCUUUUUAAUUUUAAGUGCCAGAAUUCUGGCUCCAUUUUGGUGGAGCCCAUCCUUCCUGUAUAGGCUGCCCCUUUCCCAAAAGUUUCCCACAGUUCCCAAAUGGUUUUUAUGAUAUCACCACAAAUUGCUACAUAUUGCAAUAUCAACAAUAUUAAGUCCAUGCAAAGUCUUGUAAUCUGUUUAACACUUGAUUAAUGAGCCUCUGCAAAGUGAUUCCUGCAUUAAUGAACCCAAAAGGUAACACUUUGUACUCACAAAGUCCCAUAUCAGUAAUGGAAAAUACCUUUAGACAGCAAAGCAUGGAGAAAAUCUACUUUCAAUAGCCUUUAACCAACCUAGGUAUUUUGCCUUGCCUAAAGUAUCUAACAUAUCGAUUCUGGGCAUAGGAUAGUUGUCAGGUACUGUGACAGCAUUAAGCUUUCUAUAAUCAACACAAAACCUUAUAGUCCCAGCUCCCGUAGGAAUCAUAACAACUAGUGAGGCACAGGAACUGUCCAAUUCUAAUAUAUCUCCAUUUCCAACAUACUGUGUAUUUCUUUACAAACCUGCUCCCUCAUUUCUUCAGUGGUUUGGGAGGCUCUACUCGGGGCAGGCUGAGGUCCCAGUACCAAUGAGAGACCACCUUCUGAGUCAACCUGGCAUGCUAGAGACAGAGCCGGAUUAACUUUUUGUGGGCCCGGCACCAAACAUAUUUGUGGGCCCCCAUGUGGUUGUGAUGGGCCCCUUCCAAGUGUGAGCCCAGCGUGACAGCACCAUUGAUGGCAUAGUAAAUGUGGUGUUGCCAGGAUGGGAAUGAAAACAUUUAUUCAAAAACAAAAUAAGAUAUUUGAAGCCACACUGAGACCUCCACUCAGCCCAUAGAGAACAAACUGGACUAACAUCAGUGUACCCAGAACACCACUGAAUUUGGUUUGUGUGGGAGGCGGGUUGUUUGUUAGUUUUGUCUUUUUUCUUUAAACACUCAGGGCCUGCUUGGGGCCCUGAACACAAGUGCUUAAUUAGGACACUUAUGAGCUAUAUUAAGCCUGGACGAAGCAGUAAGUGGUGUUACACCUGCAUCUCCCCACCACCACCUCCUCAUUCCAAAGUUAUGUUUCAUAAAUACAUUUUUUGAAAGCUGCAUUUUCUACUUUGGUACAAUAAUGUUUACAAAACUUUGGGGCAGAGUGUGGGGAGGAAAAUUGCUGGUGCCCAUCUUUUGCAGGGAGAAAGGGCCACUGAGAGACACACACUUUACCACGAACGCCACCACAAUCCAGGCUCAAGCUCCUACCCCAAACUUCACACCUGGCCACUCCCUCCCGUCCCUCCUACUGUCCCCAUCCCACACAACUAACUCCCUAACAAAGGCUCUCCUCAAUCUCCCUGCUACUGCCCCCCCACCCACUUUCACCCCAGGGCAGUCACCUCCCUCUCUUCUACUACCCCCCCCACACAAAUACACUGAGCCAACCCCCACCUUCAAGCCACUCUCCCCUCCUUCCCUCUGCCCCUUGCCCCACCUUAACACCCUGCUUCUCCUACACCCUCCACACAGAGUCACCCCAGCUCCCCCAUCGCACCCUGACUUGCCCCACAACUGCCCCUUUCCCCCAACACUGGGCUGCGCCCCCUUCCCUCCCCGGAGGGCAGGGGGAUGUUUCUGGGCAUUCCCAUGGGCAGGGGGCAUGGCAACCAGCACUGACAGGCCCCGUUGUCCCCGCUCCCCUGCUCCCAGGGACCCCAGACAACCCCCCCCCCCGGGGUCGAGACAGUGCCCAGGGGCUGCCCCCAGCUCCCCCCGCCCCAGGAGAGGAGGGGAGACUCGGGGGGGGGGAGCCAGGAGCUCCAAGGGGGAGGGGGUGCAGCGGGAUGAGCGCCAGGAACCUCUCCCUGCACCAGGCCAUCGCCUUGCGGGGGGUUUCUUUUUGGUCCGCUCUACCCACUUCCGCUGGGGCGGCUGGUAGCGUGGUGCGGGGCAUGCUGGGACUCGUAGUGCAGCUGACCGCACAGGUCCCAGGGCCCGAGCGGAACACAGCGGCCAGCACACCCUGCAACACCCAGUCCCUGCUGCACCUGCGCACUGAACCUGAGGGGUUCGGCGGGCGCUGGGGAGUUGCUGGGCUGUGGCCCAGGCUGGAUUAACCCUUUGUGGGCCCCUUCCCAGUGUGGGCCUGGCGCCCCGGCACCACCGGAACCACUGUAAACCCGGCACUGGCUCGAGAAGUCCUGCUUGUUUCUUUGCGGCACAGCCGACAUGCCUGCCCUUUCCGUCUGUGUGAACUCUGCACGAUCACACUGCUCUCUCCUGGGGAGCCCUUAUGGCAGUCAGCCAACGGCUCGAGGCGGGUGCGCUCUCAGAACCCUCCUGCAUGCAACACAUCGUAUUUACAAUGGCUUCUCUGUCGGGAGAGGCUUUCAGCCCAUUGACGUGUGUCAUAAAUUUAAAGGGAAGGGUAACCACCUUUCUGUGUACAGGGUUAAGAAGCUCAGCUAACCUGGCUGGCACCUGAGCCAAAAUGACCAAUGAAGGGACAAGAGACUUUCAAAUCUGGAGGGGUGGGAAUCAAAGGGUUCGUCUGUCUGUGUGAUACCUUUGCCAGGAACAGAUCAAGGAUGCAAGCCCUCCAACUCCAGUAAAGUUAGAAGAAACUAUCAGAGAGGGAAAGCCUCUGGUCAAUCAGUGAAAAGGAAUGCUACACCAUCGUCUACGCACUGGAAAAACUAUGCCCAUACGUUUGGGGACGGCGUUUCCACCUGCAAACAGACCAUGGUGCGCUGAAGUGGCUUCACACCGUCAAGGACAAUAACAAAAAACUCCUUCAAUGGAGUUUAGCUCUCCAAGAUUUUGAUUUUGAAAUACAGCACAUUUCAGGAAUGUCUAACAAAGUGGCUGAUGCACUCUCCUGUGAAAGUUUCCCAGAAUCAACUGGUUAAAAUCAUCCUUGAAAUGUGGGAAAUAUUGUUAGUUUUUAUAUAGUCAGUAGUAUAUUUAGAGGUGUAUGUGUCUUAUUAACUCUGUUUUCUCCUAGAGCUCCAGGAAGAAAUCACAGCCAGUGUGGAACCAGCUGUCCAACACUAUCUGUGAUUUGGGGGGGGGUGUCAUAAAUAUAAAGGGAAGGGUAUCCACCUUUCUGUAUACAGUGCUAUAAAAUCCCUCUUGGCCAGAGGCAAAGUCCUUUUACCUGUAAAGGGUUAAGAAGCUCGGGUAACCUGGCUGGCACCUGACCCAAAAUGACCAAUGAGGGGACUAGAUACUUUAAAAUCUGGAGGGGGGGGGAGGCUUUUGUCUGUCUGUGUGAUACCUUUGCCAGGAACAGAUCAAGGAUGCAAGCCUCGAACUCCGGUAAAGUUAGUAAGUAAUCUAGCUAGAAAAUGCGUUAGGUUUUCUUUGUUUUGGCUUGUGAAAUUCGCUGUGCUGGAGGGAAUGUAUUGUCAAGGUUCCUUCCCCACUCUGAACUCUAGGGUACAGAUGUGGGGACCUGCAUGAAAACCCCCUAAGCUUUUUUUACCAGCUUAGGUUAAAACUUCCCCAAGGUACAAACUAUUUUACCUU